CUCAAAAUUUCUACCAGACACCUCUUAACCUCUUAAUUAUGAAUUUUUGCCUAGAUGUUAUCACCUAGUGAACUGGCCUCACUCGGUCUUUUGUGGGGCCAUUAGUCUACACCUAAGAAACCAUAACAUUUACCCAGUUUUACUCCCAAGUAUAAAUAAACCCUAAUCUCUCUCUCACUCUCUCUCUGCUGUCUCUGCCUCCGCCUCAAAUGGCUUCUGAAACGGCCCUUUACAAACUCUCCUCUGAUAACCUCAGCCCCAUGUCAGCCUCCCGCCACCACCUUGUUCAGUCACUCAUGACUGUCAUUCCACAUCCUGCCACCGCCGCUGCUGUUGAAUCCUCUGGUGCUAAACCUGCUAGAAAAAAGUUGGGUCUUUCAAGAACUGCAAAUGGGUCUUCGUCGUGCACCAAGGAUAGGCACACUAAAGUCAAUGGCAGAGGCCGCCGCGUGAGAAUGCCGGCUUUGUGCGCCGCACGGGUGUUCCAGUUGACGCGCGAGCUUGGCCAUCGCUCCGACGGGGAGACCAUUGAGUGGCUUCUACGCCAAGCCGAGCCGGCUAUCAUCGCCGCCACCGGCACGGGAACGAUUCCUGCGGACAACAUUUUUACCGCCCCCACCAUUCCUCUGUCCCGCUCCCCCGCUUCUGUACAAGCUCCACUGCUUCCAUCCGAGCCGCUGAGCUGUAGGCUGGACAUCUGCCAGUCGCCGCCGCCCCCGCCAAUGGGGCUGGAGUUUGAUCCCAAUGCGUAUCGGCAUAUGCCAUUCACGGCUCUUCUACUGCAGCCUGCGGUGGGGGAGGAGGCGGAAGAGAGGCACCGUGGAGUGGCUGAGGAUCACUAGAUACUAGUAAUCUAGUGGCAUUAAUAGCUAGAUAAAAGAUAAUUGGGGCCUUUUAAGGAAUAAGUUGAAAAUGGUUCUCAUCUCGUUUCGAUUAUUUAUAAUUCUGUAUGUGGUUAAAUGAUGAGCGAAGAUGACAGAUAUGUACAUUACUGAUACUGAUAAAUUGAUAAUUAUAAAUUAUGGCUCC